AUGCUACUAGUGAAAAGUCAAUUGAUUGAUAAGAGAAAAAGAUUCUUUUUUAUUUUACCAUUUGGUAUUGCCUUUCUAAUUGCAUGUAUUGAUACAUUUUCACGUUUUCUUGCUUUACCAUCAACAUCAUUACGCAAAGCAGAAGAUCCAACUUAUCUUACUGCUGCUGUUUGGACAGUUCAUUUUGGUUAUGAUAAUAAUGCUCGUCCAAGUCUUGAUCGUGUUGCAUCCGUACUUGCUGAUACGAUACAUUAUUUAUUACCAUCACCAGAAGGCGAACUUGCUCCGGCUAUUCUUGCAACAAUUCAAACAGCAAGCAAAUUAAUUUAUAUAAUUAUUGUUCAUAUGGGUAAUGAUCGAGAUGAUUUAGAUAGAAAAUUACAAGAAAUAAAAAAGAUUUUUAUUUUUUAUUUUAGUACUAAUCCAUUAGUUUUUCUUGGUUAUAUAACAUCAGAACCAUUUAGUCGUGAUUAUCGAAGAUUAACUUCAGUUGCAAAAGAUAUUGAUCCAACAGAUAAAGAUCGAUGGUGUCAAUAUAUUUUAUAUAAAAAUUUAAUUCAUAUUGGUUAUGCUCGAAUUACUCAUGGAAGUUUGACUGAUACAGAAAUUCAAAUGGCUACAUUUAAGAUUCGAACAAGUGAAAAAUUUGAUGAUCAUUCAAUUUUAGUUACUGAUCCAUCAGUUGUUACUGAACAAUCAGUUCUUUUUAAUUCAAAGGGACAUGAUUAUUUAAAUACUCAUCGUUUUCAUAUGAAUACACCAAAAUAUUUUCUUGCACGUGAACAUCAAACUAAUUAA